UAAUAUCGCACCUGAGGCACUUGUUCACAGGUAAAACAGAUCGAGGCUUAGACAUUUAAAGUGACAGCCGGUUAAAAAGUAAACCAAAGGAUUAUAGAAAUGAAAGGAUAUGAAGGGUAAUGAAUUACAGCCUUGGGGAAUGCACAACUGAGGACAUAUCUCUGUUAGUUAUAUACCCGGCCUAGGCUGACCGCUGUUCCGACCAUGCGCUGGUUACUGCUAUCGUUGCUGUUGCUGAUGGCCAUCUCUCGUAAUGGCGGGUUCUACCUCAUAAAACCCGCCGUGCUCGCCACAGAUCGCAUAUCAUACAGAAUAUCGUCCAACGAUCUAACGGAUUUGACAAGAUGCAAGAAGGAAAUUAAAUUCAAUAAUGACGAGGAUAUAUUUAUAACUUACCUGAAACGUUCUUAUAAUGCUAAUGUUAUACCUAGUUCGAAUGUAUCCCUCGAGUUAUCGACCCUGGACAGCAGUAAUGUCCAACAAACAGUGAAUGUAUCUGUGAAAACAUCAAAUAUUACCCACUUUACACUACACGGAAACAGUAUUACGAUAAGUGUGGGUCCUAAUAAUUGCGAGCAACACAUGUUGCGUUUCGAAAUUUUCGUCAGCGUUAUAAAACCCAGUGACCGUUGUCCAGAUCCGGGAACUCCUGAUAAUUCUCUAAGGAUUGGAGAAGCAAAAGAAUUCGCUAUUGGGACCAACUUCCGGUUUUCCUGUCAGCAUGGAUACAUCCUGUCAGGGCCUGAGAAUAUUGCCUGUGUCAGGGACCCUUAUACAGGCAUUCCUAUUUGGACCAGAAGUAGUCCUAUAUGUGUUAAAGGGUGCGAGAAGCCGGCCGCUCCAAGGUUUGGAAGUAUAUCUGGGUUGACCUCAAACGAUUCUGUAAACUUUAAGUGUCAGAAGUCUUUUGCAUUAGUUGGCCCCCAAAAUUUAACAUGUUUGCAUGAUGGCGCCAAUACAACUUGGAACGAUUUCCCGCCAAAAUGUAUCGUUACCACGUGCCCGGCAAAUGGCUCCGUGUUGACAGCCACGUACGAAAGUAAAUUUAUCGCCACACCUGGUUUCCCAGGAAAUAUAAUUUAUUCAAAUAUGACAUGCAAGUGGGAUAUACAACCAAUGGAUAACAAGUGUAUUCAUAUUUACUUUGAGACAUUCGAUAUCCCAAACAAAGCCGAGUGGUGCUUUUACUGUAUGCGCUAG